AUGGCUGCGCCUUUACAAGAUUACUACUCAUACUCCAUGGCUGUUGGGGAUGGUAGUGGAACUGAAUAUACCACUGCAUCUGAUGGUCGCAUCACAGGUAUCAGAAUCUGGGAAAACAGUAACGCGUACAUUCGCGGAAUCCAGCUGCGUUAUGAUGCUGACUGGACAACAGCGGUUUGUACAAGCAAUGGCAAUCCAAUGGAGAUGACACUUCGUAACAAUGAAUCCAUCGUUCAGGUUUCUGGAAAAUAUUACAGUGGCUACAUCUAUGAGAUUAUGUUUGUCACUAGUCGAGGCCGCUCUUUAAAAGUGGGGCAGCCUUACGGAAGCUCAUUUAAUUUCUAUCCGACCAAUGUUGGAAGUGAGCUACGUUUUCUCAGUGGUCGACAGAAUGGAAAUGGCAUCACCUCCAUUGGGGCUCACUGGGCUCUCUACUAACACCAGUGACAACAGUGUAACAGUUUAAGAUUAGUUUAGUUCAAGCCACUUUACCUUCUCUUUGCCAAUAUGAAAUCAGUUUGAUCUCUUUUCAUUUUUAUAGUCCAGCUUUUUGUGAUCACUUAAACAAAUGAUAAGGGUUUUUUUUUAGUUUGAUUGUUUUACCCUAUUUUAUGUUUUAAACUUACAGCAUGAACAUGUACUGUAUGAUCAACGUUAUUUGUCUUAAUGACAAAUAAUGGCAAAUGACACUUAUGUAUGGGUUAACUUUUAAUAAGAUCAGUUGU